CAAGCUGGUCCCUCAGCUCAAAUAAGGAUAAAACUACGAUCUUCCGUUGGCCAUUUCCGCAGUCCACAGAGCGAUACGUGAAGUUGACUACCACCACACCUGAGAUGACUGCCAUUACAGCCUGUCUGUGGGCCAAGACAACCUUUGCUGCAUCGCACCUUAUACAUCACCUGUCUUACGCCGUGAGUGGCAGCCACAAUGCGUUCCUCACUGGGUACGAAGGGAAUGGAAACAUCUUUUUCUAUAUAUUUAGACAGCGAAUCACAACAUCAAUUCCGAGUUCUGAAAUGAGUGAUGGAGCCUGGCACCAUUGGUGUUUCGCUUGGAACAAUGGCGUUGGAGCGUGGUCAGUAUUCAGAGAUGGCAUGCCAGCAGCCAGGGGCACUGGUUUCCAGACGUCUAGGAGCAUACCGCCAAAUGGAACAUGGAUUGUUGGGCAAGACCAAGACAGUGUAGGCGGGGGAUUUGAUGUUUAUCAAGCAUAUGUUGGUGACAUCACAAGCGUCAAUGUCUGGAACACCAACAAUGUUAACGUCACAGCAAUGGCAAAUUGUGGCGAAAAUCUUGGAGGAAACGUCAUCUCAUGGGAUACCGUUACCAAAGAAAGUCACGAAAUGUCUACGUAUGGAGAAGUUCUUUGCAGAUACAAAUAAGAAAGAAAACAUCAUUCGUCAAAAUUUGUUUGACAGAAAUAUAACAAAGCGUCCGUUUUUCUUUAUCCACACGAAGCAUUUCUGCUUUUCUUUUAUGUUAAAAGGCUGUUAUCUACUCAAGAAUGAUAUAAUACAGACAUUCUGCUCCUUUGUUAAUCAAAAGGUCUCAUUGAAGGUAACUGGAUUUAUCUUAAUGGGGAUUGUACAUUAACAUGGUUUACCUAUUUUUAAACUGCAGCACAACAACAAUUGAACUACAGUGUUUAAUGCACUGUCACGCAUAUAAUGUGCAAAAAAUAAGUAACAAAUAUUUUUGUUAAUCCAUACGGAGCAUUUGUCUCCCUUUUUUGUUUUAAGGCUGGUUUCUAAUCAAGAUUGACAUAAUACAGACAUUGCAUGUGCUCGUUUGGUUAACAAAGAAGUUUCGAUCAUUUAAGGCACUCGGCACUGGCUUUAACUACUCGGAAGUCCACAGUGCAAUGAAUGAAAAAUAUAAUUUGGACUACGAUGUUAAAUGCACUGUCAUGUAAUGUGCAAGCCAUAGGUAACAAAUGCACGUAUAUCACAAGCAACAGACAAGACGUCCACGCAUGUGCAGCAGCAACGGGUCUAGAACUGUUUAAAAGUCUGAUAGCCCCAGACUGCUGAAAUGAUAUGAGACAAAUAAACUCAAAU